AUGGAUGGUGACGGCGAGUCCUUGUCCGGUCUACCGGCUGUGAUUCAGAAGUUAGGAGACUCGCUGCUGAAUCCAGACAGCAGUACGGAGGAGAAGCUCCUCACUGUACAUGGAGAUGAUGAAGAUUCCCUCUGUACACCAGUUCCUGCCCUCAUACGGCAGAUCAUCACCCGGAACCUGGCAGAAGCACCUUCAGUUUCCGGUGCUGCCGCUGAUCAGAGCGUUCAGGAAGAAAACAAACGUCUGAAGGAUCUGCUGUCGCAAACGCAGACGGACCGAGACGAGCUGCUAAGCAGACAGGCCGCACUGACCAGCAGGCUGCAGCAGAUGUUGUCGGUGCAGUCGGGGGACUCGGAUCAGGAGAGCGCGUACGGCGCCGAGCAGCGGCGGCUGCGGGACGAGAGCCAGGCGUAUAAGCUAAAGCUGCAGGCCUAUCAGGAGAGUCAACAGAGACAGGCUCAGCUCGUCCACAAGCUACAGGCCAAGGUGCUCCAGUAUAAGAGGAGGUGUGGAGAUCUGGAGCAGGAGGUGCUGGAGAAAACCUCCGAGCUGGAGAAGCUUCGGCUCUCGCUGCAGUCUCACCUCGACUCCUCGGCCCAGCAGCUCCAGCGCUCGGAGCAGGAGCGCAGCUUCGACACCCAGAGCAAACUCGCCCUGCUGGAGGAGGAACGUCGCAGGUGCUCCAGCCUGAGCCAGGUGAACGCCCUGCUCCGAGAUCAACUGGACCAGGCCAACGAGGCCAACCAGGCCCUCGCCGAGAGUCUCCGCAGGACCCGCGAGGAGGCGGAGCUACGAGAGACGCGACAGAAACGCGAACAGGAGAUGACGGCUACGAGGCUCGGCCGGGAGCAGGCGCGGGUUCGAACCCUGUGGCGCCAGGCUGCUUCUCUGAGGAGCACCUUCACCCAGCUCAGAGCGUUCACUGACAGGAGCCUGUCCGACAUGCGCGGCGAGUACGCGGCGACUAGCCGGCGACUGCACGCGGCCUGCGUGAGCCUGGAGGCCGCCGCGGGCGGGCGCAGUUCCCCCGCCGGCCUGGAGGUGUCGGCGCUGGGACGGCAGCUGAGAGACGGACUCAGGGAGGCAACGCAGCUUCAGAGUCGCUUCCACGCCGAGAAACUCGACCUCAACUCCAGGAUUCUGGAGCUGGAGAACAUGCUGAAGCAGCUUCAGGAUCAGAACGCUGAGAGAGAGACCCGAGUGUCCUCACUGCAGAACGAUCUGGACAGGACGGAGCUUCGUUGUUCCGAGGCCGCAGCAGAGCGAGAUGUUCUACACGCUGAGCUUGGUGGUCUACAGCAGAUCCUGAACAGCAUCCACCAGGCUGUACGUGAGGACUUGGACGGCAGCAGCUCGGACGGUCCGGUAGAAGAACUUCUCACCACCUCCCCUGGUCACCUUUGCUCUGGUCAGCAUGCGGGCACUCUGAGAGCCGUACAGAGAGCAUUAUCUCAACGACACAUGAGAAAUCAGGAGCUGCAGGCGUGUCUGGAAGCCUCUGUGGCGCAGGCCGCCGCCCUGCGAGAACGUCUCCACGACGAGGAGGCCGAUCGCUGCAGGCUGGAGCAGAAGAUCACACAUCUGGAGCAGGAGAACCACCGAGCCGGGAGAACCAGCGAGGAGAGCGUUCAGGACGCCCUGCGAUACCGAAGCUCGCUCAGCGUCGUCUCCAGUGAGAGAGAUGAUCUGGAGAAGCAGUUGUCCACCCUGCAGCAGCGGUUGAAGAGCGAGCAGGCCGAGCUGGAUCGUCUGAGGAGCUCGUCUCUGGAUAAUCAGAGGCAGCGAGAGCUUCUCCGGCAGCAGAGAGAAGAUCUGGAGAGGCAGUUGGUUCGAGAGCGCUCUGAGGUGGAGAGGGGUCACCGGACUAUUGAACAGCUGGAAGCCAAACACUCGGAUGUUCGUAAAGAGCUGGUGAUGGUAAAGGAAGCUCUGAAUCAGCUCACACUGCAGAAGGAGGUUCUGGAGGAUGAGAAGAGCAGCCUAGUGCAGGCUUUGUCCAAGGCAGAAUCCCAGAAUGCCGAGCAGGAGCUGGAACAUACCAAACUACAGAGCGAAGAGGCGGCACUCAGAGACUCGCUGGCCAAGAUGGCUGCUCUGAGCGAAGGCCUGGCGAAGGACAAAGUGGAGCUAAAUCGUGUCCUGCUACAGGUGGAGGCGGAGAAGGCGGAGCUUGGCGAACGUAAGCGCGAGGCGGAUCUGGAGCGCUCGUCGGCCCGGGAGGAGCUGGCGCGCUCGCAGCAGGAGCUGGUGGACGCCAUGGCCGAAAAGCGAGCGCUCAAAGCGGCGCACCUUCACCUCCAGGAGGCGCGAGGGAGCCUGGAAGCUGAGCUGAACGUCCUGCAGAGGGAGAAGAACUCGGCGCUGGAGCAGCUUGCGCAGGUGACUAAGCAGAAACAAGUGGCUCUGGAGCAGCUCAGCGUUUGCCGUAAAGACUCGGAGGUCCAGAGCGCCUCCCUGCAGAGGGCGGGCCGGGAGAGAGACGAGCUGGCGAGGGAUAAGGCCGCUCUGAGCGUCCAGCUCGCCACCGAACAGCGAAAAGCCAAGGCGCUCACCCAGGAGCUGGCCACUCUCCGAGCUGACUGGGACUCUCUGGAUUCGGCUGUGUUUGACGGCCAGGAGCUGAUCUCCUCUCUGGAGGCCGAUCGGACGCGGCUGGAGGGCGAGAGAAGCGGCCUGCAGCAGGCUAACGAGGCUCUGAAACGUGAGGUGUCUCGGGUCCAGAGCGAGCUGGAGCAGCAGGUAGCUCAGGCUCUGCAGGAGAGAGAGAAUCUGGAGACAAAGCUGGUUCAGGUGGAGAGAAACGCCCAGAGGAACCUGUCAGUCGCUCAACACUCGCACCAGGAACAACUGGAGGCAGAGCACAAGGACAAGGAGCGUAUCACUGUGACCAUGACCGCUCAGAAGGAGCAGAUAGAGGAGCAGCUGAGGAGAGAGUGUGAGGAGCUGCGCCUCCACGCUCGCAAGGAACUGCAGCAGCUGCAAGAACAUCUGGAUAAAGUACAGCAGCAGUGCACAGAGAGCCUGUUAGAGGCCGAGAGCACCAAACAACAGGCUCUGUCUGAGAUGGAGGCGGAGAAGGCGGCGCUGGCUGAACGGGUUCUGGCGCUGCAGCAGGACAUGGAAGCGGCCGCCAUGGAGACGGAGCGCAUGAGGCGGGACUUCCUGGCCAAACAGGAACAGGAUAAGGACACGAUGGAGGGGCUGCAGGCGGACCUGCAGCAGCUGCGCUCUCGUUUCGAGGAGUCCCUCGGCUCGCGGGAGGCGUCCGAUAAGAGGCUGAACGAGCAGAUCCGGGAGCAGUCCCUGCUCAGGCACGAGGCUCAGCAGGAGGUGGAGCGUCUGAGGAGGGAGCUGGGCGAGGCCGAGGAGGGCCGGGACGCCGGGCGCAGGGAGCUGAUCGAAUCCCACCGGCAGCUCCGCGAGUGUGCAGAGGAGCGAGACGGCCAGCGGCGGGAGAGCCUGGAGCUGAGGAGAGCGCUGGGGGACGAGAGGAGGGACCGAGAGACCCUCCACGCCUCCAACCAGGAGCUCCGAACCACCGUCAAGAGGGCUGAGAGUGACAAUAACAGUCUGAAGCGAUGUCUGGAGGAGAAGGAGCAGAAGCUGCUGGUUUUGGAGGAGUGCAGGUCCUCCCUCCAGCAGGAGGCACAGAAACUGAGGUCCAGCAUGCGGGAGCUGGAAAAAUCUCACCUGCAGGCUCGUCGUGAACUACAAGAACUGCGCAGACAGGUGAAGACUUUGGAGGCGGAGUCUACGCAGCGCGGUCAGGAGCUCCAGGAGGUUCAGGCCCGUCUGGUUCAGGAGGAGCAGCGAGAGGAGGAGAGCCGGAGAGAAAACUUCACUCUGAAACAGCGGGUCCUGGAGAGCGACGCGGGACGAGAGGCGGCGCUAACGGAGGUGGUGGGUUUGCAGCGGCGGUUAGCGGAGAUUGAGGAGGCGCAGAGGGCAGAGCGGGACGCCCAGCGCCAGCGGGACGCCGGCGCCCAGCAGAGCCAGCAGUCCCUGCAGGAGGAGGUGACCCGUCUACAGGCAGCCCUGCAGCACGAGCAGGCGCGGCUCAGGGAGCAGCACGCGGAGCUGAGCCUGGCACAGGGGCGGGUACGAGGCCUGGAGGAGCAGCUCGCGCGGGCGGACGCGGCCCGGACGGACCUGGAGCGGAAGAUGAGCGGCCUGACCUCUGCCCUCAGGCGCACUCUGGGCAUCGGGCGUGGACCGAGGUCGCCCACGCCGGCGCCGAGGGGGAGGAACCCGUCACCGUGGAGAACGGGCUCGCCUGUUAAAGGAGGAGAGUGUGUGUCCGGUCGUCCCUCCUCCUCUCCGUCCCGGUCAGAAGAACCAGACGUGGAUCUGGACUCGGUCCAGGCGGCGCUUCGGAGUUUCCUGCAGGAGCUGCGAGACGCCCAGAGAGAGCGGGACGAGGCUCAGUCCGAGGCUCUGAGUCUGAGCCGACAGCUGACGGAUCUGCAGGCGGGUCAGGAGAAGAGUAGUGCACGACUUCAGCAGCUAAAACGAACCCUCAGAGAGCUGGAGCAGGGGAAGCGUGAUUUAGCCGAGCGUUUGGAGGCGUCUCAGGCCUCUCUCGCGCUACAGGAGGACACGGUGAGACGCGGGGACAGAGAGAGGAGGAUGAUGGGAGAGGAAAUGUCCAGACUGAAGAGUAACCUGCAGUCCGCUAAGGCUACAACCAAAGCACUGCAGGAGAAGCUGGAGAGAGCUGAGGUAUCUUCUGCAGGUCUGGGUGACGAGUGUCGGAGGUUGAAGGAAUCCUGCGAGGCGGCGGAGGCGAAGGCGUGCCGGUUGGAGAUCGGAUGCCGCGCCCUGGAGGGGGAGCUACAGCGCUCACAGCUCCACGCCGCCGAACUGGAAGCGGAGCGUAACACCCUGCUGGAGAGGGUCAGCGGCUUACGGAGGGAACUCGGCGACAGCGAGCAGCGUACAGUCCUGCUUAAAGUGGAGAGCGAGAGGUCAGCGAUGGCUUUCGCCCGGGCGGAGCUGCAGGAAGCCGAGCUGCGCGACAGAUUGCAGAACGUGACGGCGGCGCUGAGCGAGAGCAGCUGCAGCGCCGGAGCGGCACAGGAACACGCCGGAGAGCUCCAGAGCGCCCUCGCCAGCAGCGAGCAGGAACGCAGGACGCUACAGGAGCAGGUGGAUAAAGCUCGGGCGACUCUUUCGGAUGCUAAGAAGCAAAACCACGCCCUGACCGACAGGCUGCAGAAGCUGCAGAGGAAUCAGGAGGACCUGGAGCUGAGGGUCACUGAUCUGGACCGAACCACGACCAGCCUGCAAGAGGCUCUUGGUCAGAGGGAACAGGAGAUGCAGGAGGUACAGGAGUGUUGUGCGUCCCUGCGGAGGGAGAGAGGAGAGCUACAGGAACAGCUCACCAUGCUUCAGACCUCCAUACAGAACCUACAGGAGGAGAAGAACCAGCUGGAGAAGACGCUGGCUCGCCUGGGGAAGGACAAGUCCUCGCUCAAGCGCACCCUGGAGAAGGUGGAGCAGGAGCGGAGGAGGCAGGAGGAGGACGUGGGGUGUGUCAGUCGUCAGAAGGAGCAGCUGGAGGAGACGCUCGGCUCUCUGGAGCUGGAACUGAAGGAGACGCGCUCAGAAACCAAUGCGCUGAAGUCCCAGUUGGACCACAUGGAGCAGACUAACGCUCAGCGCCUCCUUGAGUUGACGACCCGUCACAGACAGGAGCUGGAGCUGGAGACCGGGCGGCUGCGUGGUGGGCAGCAGCAGGCAGAGCGGGCGUUGGAGGCUCGGGAGAAAGCUCACCGCCAGAGGGUCCGCUGCCUCGAGGAACAGGUUUCUACAUUAAAGGAACAGCUGGAUCAGGAGAUGAGGAGACGUCAGACCUUCAUGAGCCAGAUGUUAAAGCCGGGACCCUAA